GUCCCCUUCUCUCUCUCUCUCUCUCUCUCUCUCUCUCGGUGCGGUGCGCGUUUAGGCAAAGAUGUUCCAUUGAUGUCCGACGUCUCGCGGGGUCGGCAUUACAACAUCGGAGGACCGGCGUGUCAAACAAAGGCGCCGUCUUUUUGAUCAUCCAGCGGGCAAGUUCAAAUGGCUGGCGAAAACGGAGGAGGAGUAGAAUUGAAACAAGGGGAGGUGAAGGAGGGGGUGGCCUCCAUAGCUCUUCUUCCAUGCGGCUCCAUCUCAGGCCACUUCAUCCACCUCCCUCUUUCCGUCUGCUAUGGCCUCCACGGCACUGAAUUGGCGUGCGAAAGGGAAUGCAGCAGGGGAGAGGAUUACCGCCUGAUCAAGCUCUCCAUCACGGACUUCAAAACCAAACAAGAAGAGACUGUUGUGGUGGAGUGCAAAGGCCAUGAUGCUGCUCGGUUUCAUAGCAUAGAUCAUGCUCACGGCUGGGAUGAGGGCGUGACAGGUCUACUGGAGCAAGAACAUCAAAAGAGCAAGAUUGUGGUCUCUUUUGAGUGUGAGACCCUGAAAGCUGAGGAAGCAGCAGAGGACCAUAUCAAGAAGUUCAUGCCAAAAUUAAGUGGACUUGAUGCUGUUGUUAACAUUGGGCGAAUGAGGAUUGUGGGGUUGGACUUUGAUGCAGAAAAGUCCGAUUUGGAGCAGAAUGUGUGAUAUUCAUGGUGCACAUAUUUUGCUGAAGCUUCAUGCUUCCUUUGUUCUAGACAAGAGCAUGCUUUAACUGAUGAUAUGUUUUGCAAUUAUCUAUAUGAUUCAUCCAAUACAGUCAGUAUGCCAUUGGUUAUCCUGGUGAGAGAGUGUGAUACUUGUACAUGUGAGUAAUCAAAGCUUGGUUAUCAGCUACUCGAGUUCAAUUAGUUGUUAUGUAGCUCAAAGCUAAUAGAUAUAAGAAUACUUUGAGAUACUGGUUACAGUCGCAGAGGUUGUUUGCAAGACAUAAGUCAGUGGCAACUGUACUUUGAUUUAAUGGCAAGGCUAAUAUACCAGACAGAUCAUCAGAUCAACUUCAAGCA